CAAACCCAUUUUCUGUUAUUUCCCUACUUCAUUCUCAUAACAAAACUUGAAGAAAAGAAAAAAGAGUUGAUUAAGUAGCAGUCAUGGAAGGUUUAAUUCCUUAUCUGAUCCAUGCCAUGAAGAAAGAAAAACCUACUCACCGUUACCGGUCAAUGUCCGUUGGGUCUAGCCGCGGCUACCAUUUAUUAAUGGGUCAGUCACCGGCGGACUCCGUCGAGGGGUCGUUGCAUCGGCGGACGAGGUCGGAGUUUCAGCCACCGACGGUGGAGUUUUUCGAGCAAAGGUCGGGUCUUGGUAUGGUUAGCCCAAAGGGCAACAACUACGGUUCUUCUUUAAACUACCCUUCAACGGCUGGCGUCGGCGGCUCCAAAGUUGGUUCGUAUCAGCGAAACUCAAAGGUGAAUAACGUUCUUGUUUCUGAUGCUCGACGACGACGAUGAUCAACUUCGUACAAGAAAUUCGAACUGCU